CCGCCGAAAUAGGAUCGGUGAAGAAGGGGACCUUCGAUCGGCUCGCCAUGGACUGUUCUAGGAUCAGUAAGGUUUAAAUACGACUCUAACCAUAGAGCGAUACAGAUUUCGUUAAAAAGCUGAUCUUGUGCUACUGAGAGGGAAACGAUGGAUCCGUCUACAGGAAUGCACAUGUCCGCUGUUUCCCAGAACACUGACGUCGUCCAUGUCUCAGUCGGGAACCCUAUUAUAACCAUGUACCAGCCACAACCACAACCUCAAAACAUUGCUCAAAUCAUCACACAGCAUGUGCUUCCCCAAGAAGUCUCCUGUCAGGCUGUACCACACACGCUUCAGUCUCACGUCCACAUGCCAACUCACAUCCAGACUCAGUCGCACAUCCAGCCUGCUCCGCAUCUGCAGACUCCUCCGCAAGUCCAUGUGGAAGCGCAGUCUCAUAUUCCAACUCAAAGCCACUUGUUAACACAAGGUCCGGCAGAAGGCCAAAGCGCCACACCGUCUCAAGGUGGUGCCGUGAACUCGCUGCAGGUCCCGUUUGCAGAAGUGGCUUCCUUACUGGACCCAAACAUGAAGAGCUCAAAGGCUCGCAAGUACCAGAUCCAUUACGAGGAGGUGAAGAGGAGACUCGAGCCUCCUGAGAAGAUGUCUCUUCGAUCCCUAGCUGCUUACACCAGAGUGAGUCGAGGCCCAGCUAGUAAGAAAACACUCUUGGAGUCUCUAAAUGUUUUUGGACUUUCACCAAGCACAAAUACGGCGGUGUCCAGUUCUUUUUCCAAACUAACUGAAGGAGACACAGCGGCUCUUUGCAAAGACAUGAAGGAUUUUGCACUGCAAUAUGUCGACUACGAGAAUAUGGCGAAACAGUUGCUACCUGAAACAAAUCAGGUUCAGCACUGGUCAAAAAUCAUUGAAACAAGGAACUAUCUUGAGGAAAUGCGCAAGAUUUUUAACGACCCUGUGAAUACACGUUUGUUCUCCAAUGUUACACAUGGUCUUGGUAAUGGGAUGAUGGAUGUAGCUCUCGAUAUCGUAGAUAGCGUCAUCGACCGACAAAUACGAAUCCUCUCUGGGAACACCGACCCCAAACCUGAACCUCCGGUGAGAAGGAUCCGAAAACGCAACCGUAAGCCCAAAGCCGCCACAGAAGAUGGCAAACCUAAAGAAAAGGGCAAAAGGGGACGGAAGAAAGGAAAACAAAUGAGAAUGGAUUCAGUUGUUCCUGAAGUUCAGCAGUCCACAGAGAUGGAAAGCAGCGUUUUAACACUGGUCUCCGUAGGAUACGAAACUAUAUCCAGUGGACUUAACACGACCAACACAGGUCUAGCGUAACAUCGCAUGCCUGAUGAGACACUGUGAAUUCUGAGUGCAAGACGUUUUCAUAGAAGAUUUUAGUUUUAUAAACAUUAGACUUCUCACCUUCUCUCAAGACUGAAUAUAUCUAAUUUCUUUCUGAGUAAUCGAGACAUAAUUAUGGGUUUGAGAUUGUGUUUUUUUUUUAUUUAAGUCUUCCAUGUUUGCAUGUCCUUUUCAUCUUGUUUUAUUAUUUGUGGUAAAGAACAAAUGUACACAUACAAUGUAUGCUAUUAAAGUAGCAUGCAAGCUGAUUUUUAUUUUCAUAUCAAGCACUAUGUUGUACUCUCAUGAACUUUGUUAGUCUCGUUUUAGAAUUUUAUCUCUGAUAUGUUCUUUGAUUUUUACCUAAUCUUACUUAGUCAUACCAUCUCUGAGUAAUUUAGGUUGAGUAAGAACAUAUCUUCUCUUUGAUAUUAUUUCACACUAUUUAUUUGGGUUUUGUUUUUUGUUUGUGUCUGAUAUGUAGUGUUGUGCAAACAGCAGUUGUAACGUACUCAGCAAGUUUUGCAGAUUGCUCAUCAAAUGCUUGUAUUAAAAGCAUUACUUUUUUAAAGACA